AGAAGGAACAGAAAGAGAAGGAGAAGAAAGAAAAUGAAUUAAAGAAGAAAUUCAAGAUCACAGGAGAGGAGGAGGCCCUGUACCAAGCUAAAGUGACAGAGACCACCAAGGGCCGGAAAGAUGAUCUGGCGAUAAAAGCUGGAGAUAUCGUCAGCAUCAUUCGCACCACAGACUGCCCGAAAGGAAAAUGGCUGGCCAGGGACAGUACAAACAAAUAUGGCUAUAUCCCGGUGGAGAGUGUGGAGUUGGAUAUUGAGGAAAUGAUGGUGAUGGGGAAUAAAGCUAAAGCUAACAAUAAGCCCAGCAUUAAUGGGAUAAUAGACUCAAAGGCACCCAGUAUUGACAUGUCUUCACAUUACAGUCUGAACCAAGAGAGCUUCGAAGACGACAGUGAGGAGUGGGGUGACGAUGACGACACCGUUUUCCCAGCUGAUCACAGCACAGAUAUAGUUCUGAACCAGCGGCUGGCUAUUCCAGACAGCGGUCCUAAGACAGAUCCUGCUCUACCAGCACAUACUGAUAGAACUGAUACUGCUCAUGGAGGACGAGAAGUGAUUCAUAAACUGACGACCUUCUUUGCGCAGCCGACCGUCCCCGUACUGCAGAGCGACACACCAACCAAAGAACCAGUGAUGCCUGUCGUCGGUGUUCAGGAACCAGUCAGUUCCCUCAAACAGGAAGUAGGUCUGCAGAUACUUCCUCCUCCAGAUUCCUACGCUGACAUCGUCAUGGGGUGAACAGCAGGCAUUUAUUCCAUCUGACACGCUGUGGACGUUUUUAAAAGACUUCAACGUAUGCUUCCUUCUGUCUACAUUAUGUAAAGAACUCGACUGCAACUCUUCCCCCUGGCUGAUGUGAAAGAAUGCUGUCAGGCCUGUAGAAAAAUGAGGCGUAGGCAUGUACGCGGUGUACACAUGGUUCAAGGUGGGGUUCAUUUUACUCCCGUUUUACCUGAGAAGGACUCUGAAUGGAGGAAUGUUCAGCAACAAGUGUGCUGUACCAUGUUAUUAUUUUUCCUUGUGGAAGCUGGGUGUUUUUACUUCCGCCAUGCUAUUCUGAGAAAUCCGAGUCAAGAUUCCUUCUAGAUAAUGUUGGCUGUAAACCUGCUGUAUAAUACAAAGAGCUCAGAAGACACAAAGUUAAACUGGAAAAUAUGCCAAAGCAACAAAGAACCAAUCAUUUGGUUAAGGAUCCACUAAGAUGAUAUAGUUUCUGACUUAAGACUAUAUGGCAUUUGUACAGUAUGUAGUUAUUUUUACGCCUCGGUUUAUUUUUCAAGUAGUCUUAGUCUUUACAAAACAUAAUCACCUGACAGAAAGACAGCUUGACUCUUGUUGUGCUUUGUUUGUAUUACAUCUGUGUACAGUUAUAUGAUUAUAUGUAUGGUAUAUGCCUUAUCUGCUUUAGACCAUAUAUAAAAAAAAGAAAAAAAAAGAAAAGGUUAUAUUUCAACUGUUAUAAAACAGUUUAUAUUACACAUAGAAGUAUAGUAUUGUAAGUCUUCAUGAAUGAACAGAUUCCAGAUCAUGGAAAAAAAAACAACAACACUAAUAUGCAUGAACAGGUAUGUUUGGAUAAUCCAUCCUAGCAUAUCUGGACCGUAUUUAUUUGUAUUGCUAACAUGAAUCUAUUUCCAAUAACCACAAAGACAAUAUGGAUUUAUAAUCUCAAUACAGCUUUUCUUUUUACUUCUCUUAUUUUUGUACAAUAAAUAAUAAAGUGCAAAUUAGAACAC